AUGGAGAAAUCUGACAUAGAGAGUGGUGUAGUGAUCGGUGGUAAAGAGCUUUAUCCUAAGAUGACGGAGAGCACCGAGCUUCGCUGGGCUUUCAUAAGGAAGGUUUACGCUAUCUUGACUCUUCAGCUGAUCGUGACUGUCGGAGUCUCCUCCGUCGUUUUCUUCGUAGGCGAGAUAUCUGUCUUCAUCACGACAACCACACCCGGCCUUGUCGUCUUCUUUGUCUCGCUCCUUCUUCCUCUCCUCAUGCUGUGGCCACUGAUUGUUUUUGCGAAGAAGCAUCCCGUCAACCUCAUAAUCUUAAUGCUCUUCACUCUCUCCAUCUCUUUCGCCGUGGGACUUUGCUGCUCUUUUUCAAAAGGGAGAAUUGUUCUGGAGGCUGCGGUUCUCACAGCUACAAUGGUCGUGGGGUUAACGAUAUACACUUUCUGGGCAGUAAGGAGAGGCCAUGACUUCUCUUUCCUUGCACCGUUCCUCUUCGGAUCCCUCCUUAUCAUCCUCGUCUUCGCUACGAUACAGGUAUUCCAUCCUCUGGGGAAGCUAUCGUCGAUGAUAUUCAGCUGUGUAGCUUCAGUCUGUUUCUGCGGUUACAUCAUCUACGACACGAACCAGCUGAUCAAGAAACUCAACUACGACGAGUAUAUCCAUGCUGCUAUUUCUCUUUACCUGGACGUCAUCAAUCUCUUCCUCAAUCUCGUUGGUAUUCUCGUCCAUACUUAG